GCAGCUAACUACAGGUGCGAACGUGCCUUCCGGUGCAUGCUGGGAGCUGUGCCGCCGCCCUGGCAACGAGCUGAGGAGAUAAAUAACAUCCGCCCUGUGUGCAUCAGCAUCAGCUGGAUAAACACCUGAUGUGGGCUUUCUUUCCUUUCUGAAAUGGACAGUUUGCAAGCAGGAGAUCCGCGGUACCUGAAAAGGAGAGUGAAGGGCUGUACCCUUGACGUCCACCCGACUGAGAAAGCCCUUGUCGUUCAGUAUGAAGUGGAGGCAACUAUCCUGGGAGAGCUGGGGGACCCGAUGGUUGGAGAACGCAAAGAGUGUCAGAAAAUUAUUCGCCUGAAAAGCUUGAACGCCCACACCGACACGUCCUCUUUGGCUCGGAAAGUGGUGGAGGAAUGUCGGCUGAUUCACCCGUCUAAACUCCGCGAGGUGGAGCAGCUGCUUUUCUAUUUGCAAAAGCGCAAACAAUCAAACGACAACCAGGACAAGAAACGCAUCUCACCUCGAGACUUCACACCUUACGCAGGAGUGGAGCUGGACGAGGAGGCGAGCAUCAACAGCAUCGAUGAGUACGUGGAGCUGCUGUAUGAGGACAUCCAGGAGAAGAUCAGAGGAGCCACACUCAUCUUCCAGCUUGCUCGUAACCCGGACAACCUGGAGGAACUCAUACAGAACGAGACGGCCCUUGGAGCCCUGGCCAGAGUUUUGAGGGAGGACUGGAAGCAGAGCGUGGACCUGGCGACAACCAUCACCUAUGUCUUCUUCUGCUUCUCCAGUUUCUCCCAGUUCCAUGGCCUGGUCACACAUUUCAAGAUUGGGGCCCUGUGUAUGAACAUCAUUGAGCAUGAGCUGAAGAGGUGUGACCUCUGGCAAGACGAACUGCAGAAGAAGAAGAAAGCCUAUGAAGAAUCCUCUGAGAACCAAAAUCUGAAGAAAGAACAUGAGAAGUCUUUCAGAAAGUACCAGAGCCUUCGGACCAAGCAGGAGCAGCUUCUCAGAGUUGCUCUGUGUCUGCUGCUGAACCUGGCUGAAGACACCCGCACAGAGCUGAAGAUGAGGAACAAAAACAUCGUCCACAUGCUGGUGAAGAUCCUGGACCGGGAAGACGAGGAGCUGCUGCUGGUGGUGGUGUCCUUCCUCAAGAAGCUCUCCAUCUUCCUGGAGAACAAGAAUGACAUGGCUGAAACAUUCGCCGUGGAGAAGCUGGCUCGGCUGGUUCCCCGCGAGCACGAGGAGCUGCUGAGCACCACCUUACGCCUCCUGCUCAACCUCUCCUUUGACACGUCGCUGCGCAGCCAGAUGGUCCAGGCAGGACUCAUUCCCAAGCUCUCCUCGCUGCUCGCUGACGAGGACCAGAGACAGCUCAGCAUGUGCAUUCUGUACCACAUCAGCAUGGACGACAGAUUCAAGUCCAUGUUUGCCGACACAGACUGCAUACCGCAGCUGAUGAAGAUGGUGUUUGACUGUGGGGAGGAUAAGCUGGACGUCGAGCUGCUCUCACUCUGCAUCAACCUGGCAGCUAACAAGAACAAUGCCCAGGUCAUCUGUGAAGGUAAUGGUCUGAAGAUGCUGAUGAAGCGUGCUGUGAAGCUGAAGGAUGGUCUGGUGAUGAAGAUGAUCAGGAACCUUUCUCAGCACAACGGACCCACCAAGAGCCUCUUCCUGGACCAUGUUGGUGACCUGGCAGCUCAGAUCAGUGAGGUGGAGGCUGAGGAGUUUGUGAUCGAGUGCCUGGGCACGCUGGCCAAUCUGACUCUCCCUGACCUGGACUGGGCGCUGGUACUCAAGGAGUACAACCUGGUGCCUUACCUGAAAGACAGACUCAAACCAGGUUCUGCUGAGGAUGACCUCAUUCUGGAGGUGGUGAUCAUGAUUGGCACCGUUUCCAUGGAUGACUCUUGUGCAGCCAUGCUGGCCAAGUCUGGCAUCAUUCCUGCUCUCAUUGAGCUGCUCAACGCCCAACAAGAGGACGAUGAGUUUGUGUGUCAGAUUGUCUACGUCUUCUACCAGAUGGUCUUUCACAAAGCCACCAGGGACGUCAUCAUCAAGGACACACAAGCCCCUGCAUACCUCAUUGACCUGAUGCACGAUAACAACGCAGAGAUCCGCAAAGUCUGCAACAACACACUGGACAUCAUCGCUGAAUAUGAUGAGGAGUGGGGAAAGAAGAUCCAGACUGAGAAGUUCCGCUGGUACAACGGUCAGUGGCUAGAGAUGGUGGAGAACUGUCAGAUGGACGAAGCAGGAGAGCCUUUCCUUUUCGGGGAGGACGGAGAGUCCUUCAUCGGGAACGAAGACAUCCUGGAGAGACCGGACCUGUUCUACAGUGCUGAUGGGAUCAUCUCAGCAGACGGCGCCAUCAAUCCCGAGUUCUACACAGACUUCCAGAAUGGAGGGCUGGGACAGACCGGACACGUGAGCAGUGUGUCGGAGCAGUUCUUCCCAGCAACAGAUCGACCGGUCAGCGCCUACGGCUUCCGUCCCGAUGAACACUUAUUCUUCAACACUGCCUCCCGGACGUCUCAGAUUCAUACCCACAGGUUAGGAACCACUGAAUUAUGUAUUAUGCACCAUGUAGGCGCAUUAGAUAACUAUACAUUUUGGCAAUGCUUUGUUACGUGUGUUUUCUUAGUAUUUCCUAAGAUGUUUGCUGGAAAUAACUAGUAACUAUGGAAUUACAGGGGAAAAUACUGUAGACAGUGUUCAAUUUGUACACGUUGAUUUAAUUAAUGCUAGUAUAACCUGCAGAGUCUUGUAGUCAGAAGGUCCGGUCAGCCGACUGUGCAUAAAUGAAGAAAACAGCUUCCAGGAAUAAAUUAAUAAUUAGCUUAAAUUGAUCUUUUCUUUCGAGGAAAUUAAUCUGGAAAUCUACAAACUCCACACAACUAGCUAAACUCGAGUUAUUUAAUGAUAAUUCCCUAUAAUUAGAACAGAAUUACACUUUUUGUUUUCCAGGAAACUUUCCACAUAAUUAUAAGCAGAUGAUGAACCAUAAAAUAAAGAGCGAUCAUUAUUUUCCUCACACGCUGUCACUGGUAGCGGUAGACUGUGUGAACUCCAACUCACCCUGAAUUAAAAUGUUGUUCUUGAUGAUCUUUUUAUUUCUGUGAAUGUAAUUUAAGAAGAAAUGUUAACUACUGAGUUAGCUUGAAAAUGUGUUUUCGAUGUGAACAAAUGUUAAAGAAUCUGCUGCAUCUUUUUUUUUUUUUAUCCUUGAUCUUGUCCUCGAUGUGCCUGGAUCACUUCUUGCCUGCUGAAAUGUGAGCUACUUUGUCUGUGGUGCAAUAGGUCGAAUACAUGGAAGGAAUAUUAUUGUAGUCAAACUGUAUUUAGUCUUUAAUCUCUCGCAGAUGUUGGAUUACUUGCAGGUUUUUGAUAUUUCUCAGUACAGUGUGUCUGUGGGUAAAAAAAAAAAAAUGUUGUGGAUCAUAAAUAAAUAACCAAAGCAUCA